AGUUUCUUCAAGCGGAAGAAGCCAUCGGCAUCGAGGAAUUAAUCGCAAGGAAGGAAGGAAGUGAUCGUGAGAAAUCAUGAAAUUCUUACUCAACGUUGCCCUUGUUUUUAUGGUUGUAUACAUUUCUUUGAUCUAUGCGGCCCCUGAACCAGAACCGGCACCAGAGGCAGAGGCAGAGGCCGAUGCUGAGGCAGAUCCAGAAGCAGGAAUUGGAGCAAUUCUAAAGGUAUUAAGCACAGGAUUGCCUGCUCUUAUAAGUUGGAUUAAACGUAAGAGGCAAGAGGGUUAAUCGAUCUACGAUGCCGAUCUACGAUCUAUCGAAUCGUCGACAAAUCUGUGUAACUUGAAAUAACAUGUAUACAUGUUGAUAAUAUAAAUUUUUCAUUCAUUCAAU